AGCCCAGGGAGGCUUUGAGGUACACAGGGUCACUGGGGGCAGCCAUGAGGAGGCACAGCGAGACAGAAGUGGAGGAGCAGACCCAGGAGCUGAAGACUAUCACUCGGCUCCAGGAGCAGUGUCGGGCCCUCCAGAUCCAGGGGCUGAAAGAGAGUAUGAACCAGAACAAGGCCACGCUGGCACUCCUGCACAGCAAGAUCCGCCGGGGGGCCCAGGACUGGGCUUUGGCCAAGAAGUAUGACCAGUGGACCAUCUCCAAGGCCUGCGGGAAAAACGCGCCCUUGCGGCUGGCGCACUGCCGCAGCACCAUGGAGGUGGCGCAAGAGAAGCUGCGCAAGUACGUUUUCGACCGUGUGAACGCGCACAACCUGCUGAUCCACCUGGUGCGGCGGCGCGGGGAGAAGUUGGAGAGCAUGCAUCUGGAGCUGGCCAGCCUGCGGAGCCAGCCGGACGCCAGCAAGGAGGAGCGGCGGCUGCUGCAGAUCAUCCGCCAGCUGGAGAACAACAUCGAGAAGACAACGAUCAAGAUCACCACCAGCCAGAACAUCCACCUGCUGUACUUGGACCUGCUGGAUUACCUGAAGAAAGUGCUGGCUGGAUACCCCACCGAGCUGGACAAGCUGCAGAACCUGGCGGUCACCUACUGCUCGGAGCUGUCGGAUAUGAAAAACAUGUCCCAAGACGCCAUGAUGAUCACAGAUGAGGUUAAGAGGAACAUGAGACAAAAGCAGGUGUCCUUCAUCGAGGAGCGCAGGGCCAGGGAGAACUGGCUCAACCAGCAGAGGAAGCUGAUCGACAAGAUCCACACGAAGGAGACCAGUGAGAAGUACCGGCGGGUGAGCCCCAGGCCCGGGCCCCACAGCAGCGGGGUGGACAGGCUGAAGCCCGAGGACAUUGCUGGCCGCUUCCUGGCCCAGAGGAACACAGAGGAGAACCUGGAGCUGCAGCUGGAGGACUGCGAGGAGCGGCGCCUGCAGCUGAAGGCCCUGCUGAAGCAGCUGGAGCUGGAGGAGGCUGUGCUCAAGUUCCACCAGAGGCCCAGCUCCAUCAGCUUCAAGGCCCUUGAGAAGAAGAUGACAGACAUGUUGAAAGAGGAAGAAGAGAGGCUGCAGCACAUGCACAGCAACACGACCAAGGGCCAGAAGCUGCUGCUGACCAUCCAGAUGGGCGUGGACAACCUCUAUGCCCGGCUGAUGGGCAUCCCCUUGCCCUCCGCCCAGAGAGAAGUGGUGUCCUCCGACACCCUGGAUUUGUACAGCAAGCUGGCGUACUGCGAGGGGAAGCUCACGUACCUGGCUGACAAAGUGCAGACGGUGUCCAGGACGGAGGAGGCCAACACGAAGGUGAGGGACGUCCUGGAGUCCUCGACCCUGAAGGAGAAAUACAACACCAGGAUCAGCUUCGAGGACCGGGAGGAGGACAUGAUCGACAGCUUCCAGUUCGCGGACGCGGACCACAGCUACGUCCCGUCGCGCGCCGAGAUCAAGAGGCGGGCGCAGCGGCUGAUCGAGGGGAAGCUCAAGGCGGCGAGGAAGAAGAAGAAGUAGCCCCGCCCGGCCCGCUCCCCACUUUGUUACACAAAUAAACAUUUUCCAGGA